AUGAGCCCUCCUUCUCCCAAGAAGAAAAACGGCGGCAAUGGUUCUGGACAACGACAGAUCCGCUUCGUCGCCACCGACGGCCAGCCGCAGACCAAGCGCCGCCGGGUCAACGCCGCCUGCUUAACGUGUCGCCGGCGCAAGAUUCGGUGCUCGGGAGAACAGCCAGUGUGCAAAACUUGCUCCGACUACAAGCAUGUGUGCCUCGGUUAUAGCGAAUCCACCGCCCACCUGCGAUCGCAAUCCGAUUCCAACUCGCGAGCGCCCGCUCCCCUCGCCGGCCAACAUGAUCCCAACAGCCAGGAUAAUUCACGGGCGGUGGAGAGCUCUUCUCCGGAGCCAGCACAGAGAUCUCUUCCCCGAUCGAAACCGGAUAAAUUCCCGCAAGUACCGAAGCAGUUCGAGAGCAAGGAUGCCUCCUUGUCAAGAGAUACGUCGGCGCGCACGAAUAAGGAAACGGACUCCCAAGCUGCCGUCAAUACUCCAGAAAGUAGUCGCACUUCUUUGAGCUCCAGUAACCGCACCCAUGUACCAUAUUUCAGAUAUUUUGGGCCCACGGCCAUCGUGCCCGGGUUCAAGCAGAUGGUUGUUCAAGUUCGAGGUUCACGAAAGAGCAAUCCUUCGAUGUCAUCUGAGUCGCUUUCGCCGCUCCGAAGCCCCAGACCGUCCGAUGCCCUUUCUGGCCCUCCGGUCACUACGACAGAACAUCGUGACAGUCGCGAGUCGAACUCGAUUCCAUUUUACGACCGUGACGACACCCUCCCGGUUCCCAAUUUAAUUUCUCAUCUGAGCGACCUUUUCUUUGCGCAUCUCGGCUGCAGCUUUCCCUUUUUACAGCGUGAGCGAUUUUUGCAGGAUCUGAAGGAGAAAAAGCUCGACACCAUGUUGGUAGACGCGGUUUGCGCCUUGGCUGCCAGAUUUUCACCUCAUCCUUUGCUGGGACCUGCUCAAGCGCCGCCCAUCGAUCACUCGCAGUUGCCGCCGGACCCAAAACUCUGGGACCGAGGUUUACCUUUUGCCCACCGAGCAACGAGUGCUCUAGUUGAUUCUCUUUCGUGCCCAACACUCUCAGGUGUUCAGGCAUGCCUUUUACUAGCAUAUGAGCAGUUUGGAUCUAACCAUGACAGCGGUCUUUGGAUGUACCUCGGUAUCUCUAUUCGAAUGGCUCAGGACCUCGGUUUACAAAAGUAUCAAGGCUUAAAGCACCACUAUGGCCAAAAGGGUGUAACGCCGAGUGAAGUGAUGACCGGCCAGGCUGGAAAGUGGAGAGAUGACCAGUAUGACGAUUUUGAUGUGUACCAGAGUCCCAAAACUGUGCCGCCUAUUCUUGACACCGAACGGGCAAGAGAACGAGAGCGAGUGGAUACCUUCUGGAGCAUCUUCUUUCUUGACCGAGUCAUUUCUUCAGGUACAGGACGGCCUGUUACGCUGCGCGACGAAGACAUUGAGCUAUGCUUCCCUCUGCAAUCGGAAUCACAGCUACCGAAUGGAUGGCCCGCGCCAUUUCCACCUCUCAUUCGAAUUAUCCAUCUAUACGGGCGAGUUACAGAUCUGAUCAACGGCAUUCAAGAUGUCAAUUAUGUCACGCCAGAUACACUCAAGAGACUGGCGAGUAUGGAAAGCGAUCUGACCGGUAUCUAUCAACGGUUGUCACCCAGGCUCCACUUCAACGCAGCAAACUUCCAAGCUUACGUCAAGGCCAAAGAAGGAACCAACUUCAUCCUUUUGCACUUUUGGUUCCAUACACUCAUCGUGCUCCUCCACCAGCCGACUCUCUUACACUCCUUCGGUGGAUCAAUACAGCACCUCUAUCCCAACAGUCGCGAAUUAUCGAUGUCUUCGGCCAAAACCAUCGCCGACAUUCUCUCGUUCUCGGAGCUGGUAGAUGGGAAGAGCUUCAUUGGCAAUCCAUUCACCAGUCAACCCAUGUACAUUGCAGCAUGCGCUUUUCUUAUGGAGAGCGCAUAUUACUCGUCACCAUCAUCAAGUGGCACCUCUCCUCCGCCUCAACCACUCUUGUCAAAUCAAUCUAGUGGGUUUGUGAUGCCCACCAUGGAGUCAUCGCAUGGUUCAGAGCGAAAGUCCAAUGCCAAGCACAUUCUCCUCGCCUCUGCUGCCAAGGAGAACUAUCAACGUUGCUAUAAGGCUUUGAAGGCCCUUGAUGCCUACUGGGAGGGUACCAGAUACAUCUUGACCGUGCUCGAUCAAAAGGCCAAGGGUAUUGUCGAUCCACUGCUUUACACUGAAGAGGAUAUGGAAAAUACGGCAGGCCUAGCUUCGGUACCGCAAUUUGCACCUGCUGGGUGGUCCGGGUCCAAGAUACCUGGGGAUCCUGGUCAGAAUUCUGAGCGGCCUCCAGGCGCGGCAGAUAUUCCACCGGAUGGAAAGUGGUCACCCAGGAUUGACCCAAGUCAGGCGAUUGGGUGGGCACUUACUGGAGCUACAAACUCAUCGCAACCUAACUUGAGUUUACUCUAUCAAAUGCCUACCAGCACACAGACCGAGACCUCUCCCGACAAGCCGACCUAUUCUUCACAAUACAGCCACAGCUACCCAUCUUUACCGGUGCAAGCCAAUGCCGGGCAAAGCUCGAGCUCUUCCUUUCCUCAGACAAUCUCUCACGAUGAGAACCGGCCGUCCUCUCUUGCCCCUAAAUACCCUGCUGCUGCUCCUUCCCGAACAAUCAAUCCCGAAUCACCCUAUUUCCUAGGGAUGAGCGCUCCAUAUGCGGGAUCAAGUUCACGCGCCAGAGCCCAGCCUUAUAACCAAAAUCUUUCAUCGUCGAAAAUGGACAGUCAACCUCCCACAUAUCAUUACCCUGUAUCAUCAGCAGAGCAACCUGCAGCCGGUCGGAUGGACUCUCAAGGUGAGAUGCAUCCCACCAUGAAUACCGGCAACAACGGCAUGAUGAUCGAGAGCCACGACGUCGACAUGAACUCUCUCCAUCAACAAGAUUCCUUCCCCUUCUCCAACGGCGAGAUCCUUCCUUGGUUAGAGUAUCUUCCACAGGAUGUUCUCAGCUUCUUUGGCGAGCACCAAAAUUACCCGCUCAUGAGCCCUGACGAUACCACGCCACGGCCGCCUUAG